AUGGGGAUGCUGACUGGAGUUGGUUUGUUGCUAUUACUUACCACUGGCCUCCACCAAAACCUGGGACUCAAGUGUGGAAUUUGUGUAGCUGAUUGGAAAAGUGAGGAACCUGCUGUGGAAUCUAGGCUUUUCUCCAGAAUUAGUUGGAGAGAUUCAACAGUUGGUGGACAACCCUGGCAGGUCUCCCUAAAAUUGGGUGAAUGCCACAUCUGUGGAGGAAGUUUGAUUGAAGAUGAUAGGGUAGUCACAGCAGCACACUGCCUAAGUAGCCUUGAUGGGCAGCAACUUAAAAAUCUAACUGUGACAAAUGGCGAGUACAACCUAUUUCAGAAAGAAAAACAAGAGCAGAAUAUUCCAGUCUCAAAAAUUGUUAUUCAUCUCGAAUUCAACAGGCUUGGAUAUAUGAGUUUUGAUAUUGUACUGCUGUAUCUAAAACACAAAAUCAAGUUUGGAAUUGCUGUUCAGUCAAUCUGUCUUCCACACAGAGCUGAUCAAUUUGAAGCAGGGAUUCUGUGCAUGGCCAGUGGAUGGGGCAAGAUUACAGAGAAUUCUGAGGAUUCAAAUGUCUUACAAGAAGGGGAACUUCCCAUUAUGGAUGACAGAAUGUGUACUUCUGUGCUCAAGAGUAUGAACCCUUCUCCUCUGGGAAGGACCCUGCUAUGUGCCAUUUUUCCUGAUAGGGGAAAUGAUGCCUGCCAGGGGGACUCUGGAGGAUCACUGGUUUGUAGAAAACCUGAUGGAAUCUGGACUCUGACUGGGAUAAUUUCCUGGGUUGCUUGUUGUGAGAGAGGUUUGGCUUCUCCAAAAACCAAAUACACAAGGGCAUUACCUGGCAUUUUUUCCAAGGUGUUUGAGUUGAUGGAUUUUAUCACUCAAAACAUGAUCACAGGUUUGGAUUGGGGCUGACCCCUUUCAGAAGUAAGUCCAAGGUGUGUAACAAAGGGCCUGAAUUCUGUCCAAGGUGUGGAUGAAAGCAAGAGACAUAAAGAUUGUAAACCUCAGGGGACAGUAUUAUGUGGAGACAGUGGGAAGAUUCAUUACCUCUCUUCCAAAGAAGACAACUAUUCUCAUAAUAGUUUAUGUAUCUGGAAAAUAAUGGUACCAGAAGAUAAAAUUAUCCUGAUAAAAUUUACAAGUCUAGAUAUAGAAAAUCCAGUUGGAUGCGAUCACGACUACGUAUCUUUACAAUCAAGUAAUGGAGCACUUAUUAGUAAGGUCUGUGGAGAUAUGUUGCCCUCACCUUUGCUGACAGAGACCAACCAGGCCGUAGUUACAUUUGUUUCUGAUGCAGAAAACAGUGGCAGUGGCUUUGAGCUUUGCUUUACUGCUGUACAGAAGUUGAGAGCAGGUUCAGGUUGUGGGAGUGAGGCUGCAUUGGUAGAGGAAGGGACAAUUCAUUGUGCCAGUUAUCCUCGCUUGUAUCCCAGUAAUGUCUGGUGUCAUUGGUUUAUUCAUGCUCCAGAGAAACACAUUGUAAAGUUAACAUUUGAAGACUUUAAAGUUCAGUUUAACCAAAACUGUACAUAUGAUGCUGUUGUGAUUUAUGAUGAUACUGAAGAACUACAUGAAUUAGCUCAACUUUGUGGAAUCUUGAAACUCACUCCAAUAUUCAGUUUUGGUAACAUGAUGGUCGUGUAUUUUAAAAGUGAUGGUGAAAAUAAUUUCCAAGGCUUCAAGAUUAGAUUCACCUUUUUGCCUUCAGACUCCUUAAACAAAAAUGGACUGACAAUACCUCUCAAAACCCAUGCUAUAUCUACUGUAAAAUCUAUUCCAUAUGGUAUCUGUGGCAUCCCUCCAUUUAGUCUCCAGUGGCUUUCCAGAAGAAUCGCGGGGGGCGAAGAAGCCUGCCCCCACUGUUGGCCAUGGCAGGUGGGUUUGAAGUUUCUAGGUGAUCACCAGUGUGGAGGUGCCAUCAUCAAUCCAAUUUGGAUUCUUACUGCAGCCCACUGCGUACAAUCGAAAGAUAAUCCACCCUCCUGGACUGUUGUUGCUGGGGACCAUGAUAGAACCCUAAAGGAAUCAACUGAGCAGGUGAGAAGGGCCAAACACAUCAUAGUGCAUGAAGACUUUGAUACAGUGACCUAUGACUCUGAUAUUGCCCUAAUACAAUUGAGCUCUCCUCUGGAGUACAACUCAGUGGUGAGGCCAGUGUGUCUCCCACAUAGCACAGAGCCUCUGUUUUCCUCCGAGAUAUGUGCUGUGACCGGAUGGGGAAGCACUAGUAAAGAUGGUGACCUAGCCAGUCGCUUACAGCAGAUUCAAGUGACUGUGCUAGAAAGAGCUGUCUGCGAAGGCACUUACUAUUCUGCUCAUCCAGGAGGGAUCACAGACAGGAUGAUCUGUGCUGGCUCUGCUGUGUCUGGAAGGAAAGAUUUCUGUCAGGGAGACUCUGGUGGGCCAUUAGUAUGUAGACAUGAAAAUGGUCCCUUUGUCCUCUAUGGCAUCGUCAGCUGGGGAGCUGGCUGCAUCCAGCCUUGGAAGCCAGGUGUAUUUGCCAGGGUAAGGGUUUUCUUGGACUGGAUCAAAUCCAAAAUCAAAGGUCCUACUUCACUUCAGACAAAGAAUAAGAGCAAAACCUUAAGAAAACAAUUAUCAACAUCCACACUUUCAAAAGACAGUACCUCUGGGCCAGGUAAUAAAUCUUCUAAAGUGAAGCUAGAAGAGCCUAGAGCCCUUUUUUCAAAUCCAAGAUAUCCACUGCAUUAUAGAAGAAAACUGGAAUAUCCCUGGGCGCUCAGAGUGGCAAAAUUUCCUGUUGUGUGUCUGUCACUCCUUGGAUCUCAUGUGGGUAGAGACUUAGUUAUGACUAUUUAUGAAGAAAGCCACAUUGAGAGAAAGAUGGCAGGUGAAUUAUGUCGAGGAAGGCUUUACUUAACGAUUUUCACGUGCUCUGGACCACUGGUGAGGGUGACGUUCUGUUCCCUUAAACAAGGCUUUGGCAUAAGCUAUAUUGUUUUCAGAAUCCAAGAUAUGCUUGGUCCAAAGGGUAGCAUAAUAAUGAGACUUCCCCUGAGUUCAAACCAAGAGCACAGAGUCACGUGUGAGGAUAUUCUGACAAAGUUCUCAGGAAUCGUACAGAUCCCAAGAUAUUCUCACAGGAUGAUUAUGAGGUUAGUACCCCCUUUAAUUCACAUCAUUUGCCUUGAUAUUAUCAACUUUCUGAUGAAGCUUGGCUUAUCACAGCCACCUGUGGGUUUCUGA